UCCUUCCUGUCCUUGGUCAACCUGCUCUCCUCUUCCCAGUCAGUGUGGGAGUUGCUGGGCCGACAGCCUCUAGCCAACAAGAGUGAAUACACCCUGAGAGAAAUGCCCACCUCCAUUGCUGAUUUGAUUGACAGGCUGAUUGCUGUGAAUUCAGAUGCGAAGAUUAAUUCCCUGUUUCACUAUGAACAGUCUCACACAUUCGGACUGAGUCAGCCUACUCCUAUUAACAUCCAGAAGCCAAGUGAAAGGAACAAGAUGCUCUAUUCCUUUGCCACCCAGAGUGAUGGAUUAACUGACAAACUCACACUCUGUGCAUCCCUGUGGAUUGCUAAAUGUAGCAUAUAACUAUCAGUAAGUCAACUCAUACCAUGUUAAUUUUGAGGUAUUUGUAUAAUCAUGUUAAACCAACAACUUCUGAGUAAAUGUUUUAUUUUUGGCCAUAAAUUCAGUUCUAUGUUCAAGGUUCCAUACAGCUUGAUUUCAGUUCAGUCUCCAACAGUUAAACCCCCAAAACAAGUAAACACUACUUUUUACCAAAGCAUCAUCCACAAUACAGUGGAACUUGUUUUAAUUUAGAUUUUAUAUAGCUUGAAAGGAUAUGGCAGCAUGGUACUCUCUUGGCCAUUAGCCUUAUAGUGACACAGAUGGAGUCCCCAACAACCAUUUACAAAAUCAGUGUUGUAGACUCAUCCAGGCCAUGGUCGCAUAUACUGUAUAUUCAAUUACACAAAAUUAUUAUUUAAUCAAUCAAGCAUUUUUUUUUUUUUUAAAUCUUUGAAAUUAGACUGUGACAGUUAUGUUCCUCCUUUUAAUUUCAUACAAGACAAGGAGAGGAAAAAAAUUACCUUCAAUGAUUGAGUGAUUAGAGAAAAUUAAAAUCAAACUUUGAAGAAAUUCAAAUUAUGAGUAAACAAAUAAAUGUACUUCAUCUAUCAAUUUCGAUCUUGAGGGCUAAAUAAAUCAAAUUAUUGGCCAAAUUUUGUGCAGAACUGAAAUACUGUAUGUGUCAGUUGAAAUGAUAUAAACAGUGGCUUACCACAUAGCUUAUUGUAUUGUAACUAAAUUUGCAUCUGAAUCCUGAUGUGACAUGAUUUGCUGUGCUGCUGACUAGUGUUUACUGUAGGUCAGUUUCCUUGCUAGAGGAACUUGUUGUUGUUGUUGUUGUUGUUAUUAUUAUAAUAAUAUAUAAAUUAAUAUAAAGGGAAACACAAAUUUCAGGUGGCAGGUGAUGAUUCAAAGUGUAAUUAUGGAAAAUAAUGCAGUGCAGCUCUCAGGCAUUUUGUGUUGCUCCUAUAGAUCAACUUUUACAAGGUUUAUUAAAUGUGCAUUAAUGUGUAUUAAAAUAUCAUUCCUGCUGAUUCA